UGGCAUCCCGAGCUUCAUAGAGUCUGUCUGUACAUUUCUAGCUAUAAAAUGAAUAUUAACUUCAGUUAAUUGUCAGCAAGUGUCCUACAUGUCGUAUUUUGUGGUCUUAUUUAUGGUACAUUAGGUGUUAAGUGGUACAAUGAGCGGCUGGGCUGGUUUUUCUGAUGAGGAGCUGCGGAGAAUGCAGCAGAAAGACUUAGCGGGUGCCGCAGCGACUGCCCGCGGUCGGAAGCCGGCUCCAGCCAACCGUAGUCGGCAGCAGUUACAACGGGAGAGGGCCCUUCAGCUCGCCGCUCAGAAAAAUGCAGGAGCCGGGUCUCCUGUCCUUCCACCGGAGCAGCAACUCACCAAGCCGCCUCCGCCGAAGGAAGAGCCUCAGCCCCCAGCUCCAUCAGGAGCUCCGGUCGUCAGAGUGGAAGUGCAGCCGAAGCACAGCGAGAUGAAACCGAGUGAGAACCACCAGCCCGCAGCAGAGGAGCAGACCCCGGCUAUCAAAGAACUGGAGAAACAAGAGGUGGAACUGAUAUUGUCAGGCCCACAGCUUCACUGCAGACGGGAAAAGACACGUCUAGAGCAACUGCAGCAAGAGCAAAAAGUAAUCGAAGAGAGGAAUAAGCGCAAGAAAGCUCUGCUGGCAAAAACGAUUGCUGAGAAGUCCAAACAGACUCAGGCGGAAGCUGUGAAGCUGAAGAGAAUCCAGAAGGAGCUCCAGGCCCUCGAUGACAUGGUGUCCAAUGAUAUCGGCAUCCUGAGAGGAAGGAUAGAACAAGCCAGCUGGGACUACACCGCUGCCAGAAAGCGUUAUGAGAAGGCAGAGGCCGAGUAUGUGGUGGCCAAGCUGGACCUGCACAAGAAGACGGAGGUGAAGGAACAGCUGACGGAGCACCUCUGUGCCAUCAUCCAGCAGAACGAGCUGCGUAAGGCCCACAAACUGGAGGAGCUGAUGCAGCAGCUGCAGCUUCAGGCCACUGAGGAGGAUCUGGAGAGGCUGAAAGAGGAGGAGGAGGAGGCAAAGAGGAGAAGCUGCGCAGAGACACAGAGAGACAGGAAAGAGGGAAACGGCUCGGUGCAGAAUCAGGAGGGAGCUGUGGAAUCAACCAAAGACUGCAAACCUGCAGAGGAGGAAGGUGUGAAGGAGGAGAGGGGAGGUGACACACCGAUUAUUGAGCCACCAAAGACUGAGCAAGACUGUAAAACACUAGAAAAUGGUGUUCAGAGAGAGACCGUGGCCUCCUGAUGCUCACAGAAGAGAGACAAUCAUUUCUCACCUGUUCUGUAAAAUAUCUGGACAUUACCACAUAUUCUCUACUAUAGGAGUCAAUAGAAAACACUAACAAUAAUACUAUCAGAUAGAUUAAAUGUCUUUUAAUCUGCAGGUGUGCUGGGUAUCAAAUCUGUGAGUACAUCCAAAGCCCGUCUUCUAAAAACAGGACUUUGACACCAGAGACCAGGUUCCGGUUUCUGCACAUUAACUGCAACAAAAUCACUUCGUCUUGUGUCGUCGGUACAUUUUUCAAUGUUAAACCAAGCUGAACAGUUUUCCCUCACCUUGACCAAGAGCUUUGAGUUGAUGCUUUAGUUGCAAGAAGCACAUGUUGUAGGAAAGCAAAUUAAAUAUGUUAUCAGUGAGCAUUUUCCAGAUAAGCUCUGUAUGAACAUUUCCAACUUUACUGAUCUGCUCAUUCAAAAAAAAAGAGUUUCCCUCCCAUGUUCAUUUAAAAAACCCAAAAACCCAAAACAACCAUGUCACCUGACAGUAACACCUCUAUUAGAUGAUUCUGCAAAGCCCUGGAUUACAAUCUGUUUUUAAAAAAAUCUUGUUUCCUACAAUAUCUGCAUAUGGUAACUGAGGUAUAAUUAAGAUCACAGAAAGAUUGUGGUUAUGGAAAAUGAAUAAUGUUUAAGGUAGGGUUAGUGUGAGGCAACUAAGACACUUUGAGGGAAAGACUGUGGUUCUAUAUCCACAGUGGCACUGAAUGUAAAUCAUGAGGUAGUGUAUGGCCGUAGUUCCUAUGGAUUCUGGGCUGUAAAAAAAAAAAAAAAAAAAACGAAUCCAGGUGACAUUAUGUCUCUUUUAAAAUGUAUUUGAAUUUGCAUCUUAGUGCAUAUAUAAUACAAAAUUAUUAGAACACUGAGUUGGUCCGUAGAACCAACGUUGCAUUAUAUUGUCAGGCUUUUUUCAGUAUCCUUUGCCUUCUUCUGUAAUCACAUACUAGUGCCAAUUUUAAACUGUAUUUUAUUCAGAGUUCAUGUGAGGCUGCUUGUAUUUAACAUUUUAAAACUUUUCUUUUUGUAGGAAGUUCAAAUAUUUAAAAAA